GCACGGCCGGCAGCGCGGCGGGGCCGCCUCGUCCCUUCCGAUCGUAACGAGUCGCGAGGCGGGAGCGCGAGCAGCCGAGCCCGCUGCCCGGGACGCAGAGACGCGGUGACGAUGGUGCCGAUGGCUCCGCAGGGCACAGCCGGGGCUCCCUCCGCCGCGCCGCUUUCUCGCCCGCGCCCUCCGCUCGGUCACUGAGCGGCUCGGCGGCCGCCUGGCUAUGGGGCACGGCGCCAGCCGGCACCCGCUGAACGGCAGCGAGCCCGCCCCGUUCCGCGCCGCAGCCCUGGGGGCGAGGAACGGGACCGCCGCUCCGAUGGCGUGGGGCGGCGGCAACGGCAGCGCGGCCGGGCCCUGGGGCGGCGGGGAGCAGCCCGGAUACCGACACUUCGCCACCGCCGCGCAGCUCGUCAUCUUCGUGGGCUCCCUGCUGGGUAACAUCAUGGUGCUGUGGUCAACUUGCAGAACGUCAGUGCUUAAAUCUGUAACAAACCGAUUCAUUAAGAAUUUGGCCUGCUCGGGUAUUUGUGCCAGCCUUGUCUGCGUGCCUUUUGACAUCGUUCUUAGUGCCAGUCCACACUGCUGCUGGUGGAUCUACACGAUGCUCUUCUGCAAAAUCGCCAAGUUUCUGCACAAAGUCUUCUGCUCAGUGACCAUCCUCAGUUUUCCAGCCAUUGCUCUUGACAGAUACUACUCUGUCUUAUACCCUCUGGAAAGAAAAAUAACUGAUGCAAAAUCCCGAGACCUGGUUAUCUACAUCUGGGCCCAUGCGGUAGUGGCCAGCAUUCCGGUAUUUGCUGUGACCAACGUGUCUGAUAUUUAUGCCAUGUCCACCUGCUCCGAAUCCUGGAGUUACUCCCUUGGCCACUUGAUCUACGUUGUCAUCUAUAACAUCACCACUGUGAUUGUACCAGUAGCUGUGGUAUUUCUCUUCAUGAUUCUUAUUCGUAGGGCACUGAGUGCCAGCCAGAAGAAAAAAGUCAUCAUAGCUGCCUUAAGGACCCCUCAGAAUACAAUUUCAAUCCCUUAUGCCUCCCAGCGAGAAGCUGAGCUUCAUGCCAUGCUGCUUUCUAUGGUUGUGAUAUUUAUUUUCUGCAGCAUCCCCUAUGUGACUCUGGUGAUUUACCGUACCAUACUCAACGUUUCAGAUAUUUCAGUCUUUUUACUUCUCACUGCCAUUUGGUUGCCCAAGGUCUCCUUGUUAGCCAACCCUUUGUUAUUUUUAACUGUUAACAAAUCUGUACGGAAGUGCUUAGUGGGGAUGAUAGUACAGCUGCACCGAAGGUACAGCAGGAGAAACGUCGUCAGCUCAGGCGGUGUUGCAGAUGCUAAUCUGGAGCCCAGUGCCCGUUCAGGGAGCCAGCUUCUGGAGAUGUUUCAUAUCGGGCAGCAACAGAUCUUCAAGCCAACAGAAGAUGAGGAGAAUGAAACCAAAUCUGUUGGCUCUGAUGACUUUCAGCAGAAAGAAAUUCCCGUCACCAGUUCAGAGGUAGGAGAGACUUCGAUUCACAAAUUUAUACCACAGACAAUUGCAGACUCUGCAGCUCAGGUGGCACCAGCUGUGCCUGCGGAAGUUGAUACAGGAAAUGACAAGUAUUCCAUGCAGUUUGGUUUUGGACCCUUUGAGCUGCCUCCACAGUGGCUGUCAGAAAGUCGAAACAGUAAGAAGCGACUCCUGCCUCCUUUGGGGAAUACCCCUGAAGAGUUAAUCCAGACCAAGCAGCCAAAGUGUAAAGCAGAAAGAAAAAUUAGCAGAAACAAUAAAGUCAGUAUCUUCCCCAAGGUGGAUUCUUAGGAGGAAUAGGAGCUUUAAGUGACUGACAAAGGUCACCUAAACUUACAUGUGUGAUCCCAUGGAUCUUUGCUGUGCUGAAAUCUGUUACAGGCUGAUUUUUGUGUGUGUGUAUGUGUGUGUACCAAGUAUAAUUAAACAAAAGGGAAACAUGCAUACAAAUGUUCUUUAUUUAUAUGGUUUCAUGAAAAUAAUAUAUCGGAAUAUUUUGAUUCUUAUUUUUAUUUGUGAAAUAGCCAUGAUAAUACAUUCCUGUUGAGCUUUCAGAAAGUACAUUUGGCUUUGGGAACAGUUUUCUUAUGGCUGUAGUAUGGAAAUAUGGCAGUCAGUUUGCUGGGAACCUUCUUAUAUUAAGACGGACUGGAUAUCAAAGAAGCUUAAUAGGAAAGGCUCUAGUGAGCAUGAGAGGAUGCAAAGUAGAUAAAAUCUAACCUCAUGUUAGCAGACAGCAAGCUUCUUUUGCAUGUUUCAUUAAUUAAGUAAGGAGGACUAUUAAGUAUAUAUAUCAAGCCAAUUUGUGAAAUCAGUGUUAAAAAUAUGACUUGCUGAACUCAUACACAGGUUAUUUAGUAAGUAUCUGCCAAACUAAACCUUUUUAAAACUUAAACCAAUAUUUUUUACAUUUAAUAUUUCAGCAAAGGCAGGGAUGCCAAAAUUGCCCUGUGUGUCACAAACCCAGGAAUGAUGAAUUCAGAAAUAACAUUUCUUUUUUAAGAAACGUUCUUGUAGUUCUAAGUAGAAACUGUACUGGAGACAAUGCAAGACAAAUCCUGACCCUAAUAAACAAAAAUGUAUAUGCCAAGGGCAUAAAUGUAUCGUUUUGAUCCUUUGAUAAAGGAUAUAUACAAAUGUCCCAACAGUGUCAUGUAAGUGUUGUGUACAUGUGCAAGGCGUUGCCCUUAAAAUAGACUCCUAUCUACUGGUUCACUCAGCUUGUUGUUUUUUUAUGGAAAGGUAGCAAAUGAAAGAGAGGGGUUGGAAUUGCUCACAGUCUUGUACUGAAUUGUUUAGUGAGGAAGCUGAUUAUGGGCUCCAGAAGGCAAGGUUUGCUAAUGCUGUGGCUCAGUAUCAUUAGUGAGGUUUUCCUUUUACCUUCACCAACAUAAAUACCUGCUAUCACAUUCCACUUGUCUCAAAGACUCGAUCAACCCGUGUAUGAACAUGAGAUUUCUGAAUCUGGUGCCUAAUUUCUGAUCAAGUCAGAGUCAGCCAUCUCUGGUCUCAGCACACCAGCCUUCCUUGGAGAGCUCACUGCUUGCAUCCUUCUGCAGCUUGUCCUCCCAAGUUUAUCAUUUCCUUAAUACUGUGUGAAUUUCUAACCUACCCGUCUGUUAAAUGACCAGAAACUAUUGUCAUCCCAUCUGUAACCCUUCGGUCUGUUGCAAGUAGUUGUUCCUUCCUUUUUAUCCUCAUUUGCUGUUGACUCUGUGGAUGAGAAAAACUGAAAAACACAAUGGACACCCAGUGCUCCUCGUGGUUCUCCUGUAGUGUAGUCCUUUGGUGUAUGCUGGAUCUUUACCUGUCAUUACUGCUUGUCAGGAAAGUAGUUUUCUUUAAAGAAUGCUCUUUAAAAGGACAAGGUGAAUUGUCUUGCUGAGUUCACAGUAACUUGCCAAAUUCAACUGAUUACUGUUAGAAGUCUGAGAAAAAUUGUGCUGAGGCAAGAUUUGGAGAUGUGCCUGCUCUUCCUUUAAAGAGUGGGGAGCAAGUCAGCUGCUUCUGGUAGCUUUGAGGUGAUGGAUUUCUAUAAGACGCUCAAAGAAAAUGUUUAAAUUAAAAAUUAAUAAUAAAAACAACUUUCUCAAUUACUGUGUAAAUGGUUUUCACCAUUGGUUCGAGAACUUCCCAGUGUGGAAGUGAGGAGCAGUGGUGCAGGUGGGUGGUGGGAACCUGAGCUGCCCUGCAAAGCGGGUGAUGACUUGACUGAAAUCUGACAGAAGAAAUAAUGCAGGAAAAGCUGUUCCUUCUGUGAUGGGGGGUAGGAAAGGAUCAUAGCAUAUGGGUUUUCUAAGUAGUGAUUUAUAAAGAUUGUUUUUUUGAAUUUACUUAAAAAACGAGUCCACUAAGGACACCCCCCAAACCUCAAAAGCAAAGUAGGAGAUAGCGUCCUUAUGAAUGAGUUCCGUGUUUAUGGCCUACUUAAACACAGACACUGAUUGAAGUCUCUGUGAUUGAUGAAUGUGGGUAAAUGGUUAUAUGGAUCAAAACUUACCUCCAGGAAACCAUACUCAGUAUUGUCCCUUCCAACUCCUGUGGUGAACAAAAUGCUGAUGAUAAAUCUGAGAAGCCAGGCUGCAUAGAAUUGAGUUCUGUAUCUGGAAAGUGAGAUAUUUGUGUUGUUUUGUGGACUUCUGAGACAAAAUUUCUUUCAAACAGGACGUGUAUGUAUGACAAACUGUACGCAGGUUUCUUUGUUUCUGUUCUUGUUUGUUUGUUUAACAGCUGGAAACCUUUCAGCUAGAAGUCAACUAAGCUGGUUUUUUGUAUUUCUGAGAAAUUAUUUUGGAAUGUGAGGUUUUAUUCUGGUUGGUUUAUCCAUAUGAAUUUUUAGGAGAAGUGGAAAAAAUACAUAGAAACCAUCUUCAUGUGAAACAAAAAAUGUCUGUGAAAUUCAUAAUGCAACUUCUGUAGAGAUCUGUCAUCAGAAAAUUACUUCAGGAGACACCUUAUGCAGGGCAGAACAUUUGUCUUGUAUGGUUUGAUUUCCUUGAAGGCAGUGGUACCCUUGAGACUGUGCCACUGUCUGUUGGCUUGUUCAAACAGCUUCUGCUGGGCAAAAUGUUCUCUGAUAUUCAGUAGGGGGAAAAAUACUAAGACGUGUUUUCUUCUUUGUCAUUGUACUAAAGAAAAGCAAAAGGU